AAAAAUAAUAAUAAUGAAGAUGAGUUUGGGUAGUUAGAGAAGUAAUGUUUUUUAGAUGAUCCCACAAGUUGUACUUUUAGUAUAGCCAAAUAGCAUCUGUAUCCGAUCUGGUCCGAUCCCAAUUUGAGAGAUAUGGAGGUUGCAGGAGGAGGAGCCGGCGGCGCCGAUGACAUUUCCCAAACGGAAACGGCGAUAUUGCGAUGGAAAUUGGCGGUGUGGCAACAGUAUCAGCACGUGUUAGACAAAAUAACCCCACACGUGCUACGGCGUUGGUUAGGGUUCUUGGUUGUGGCCUUCAUUUACGUCCUCCGUGUCUACUUCUUGCAAGGCUUCUACGUCGUUUCCUAUGGUCUUGGAAUUUAUAUCCUUAACCUUCUCAUCGGUUUCCUCUCCCCUCAGGUCGAUCCCGCAAUCUCCGACGGCGGCACUCUCCCCACCUCUACUUCCGAUGAGUUUCGUCCUUUCGUUCGCCGUCUCCCUGAAUUCAAGUUUUGGUGCUCGAUAACGAAGGCAUUUUGCAUUGCAUUUGUGAUGACUUUCUUUAGUGCAUUUGACGUUCCAGUCUUCUGGCCAAUACUACUCUUCUACUGGGUGGUCCUGUUCUCACUUACUAUGAGGAGACAAAUAUCACACAUGAUCAAAUAUAGAUAUGUACCAUUCACAUUAGGGAAACAGAACUAUCAGUGAAAGAGACCAUCAGCAGAAAGCACAAGUCUUCCUGUGGACUAACAUUUUGAGCCUUGUUGCACAUUUAAGUCACAACGAAACCCUACAUGUGGCUUCAUAUCAUCUGCAGUAUAUUUUAGCAGCCGAAACAAUCUGUUCAUGUGGUAGCUGAGAAAGAUUGCUUUGAGGUUUAGCGUGGACGUGGAAAUGUGGAUGUUCAAUUCCUUAAUGGACAACUAUUUGGACGUCUUUGACGCCAUUGGGAAGAUGUUCUGUAAAAUCCUUUUUAUUUAUUUUGUUUCUAUAUAGGUGACAAAUUCCAAACUCUUAUUUUUGAAUCAUAGUCCAAUAACAGAAAAAUUUACAAAAGCUGUGUAGAAGGAAUCCCUUCAUUAUUUGCCAGUGGGGUUAAUACCGACAUGCUUUUCUAUAGUAUCAUUUUCCCUUUAAUCAUAUGAUUUUAGAAA